UCCAGGAUCCGCCAGGACCUGAUCCACCACAGGAGAUCUCCGUGACGGAGCCCGUGCGCGCGUCUGUGCACGCAGCCGGAUGCUGAGUGUCUGUUUCUUCAGAAGCUACAGUCUGAGUGGCUAAAGAAUACCAUACAAAGUAGGAGCCAUGGUGAGGUUUACAUCUUUUUUGGGCUUCGUCCACUACGGCAGAUUUUAAGAUGCGUUCCCUGAAAAAGAGGGUGCUGCUCGCCAUCUUGGUGUCAGUGGUGCUGGUGUUAGCUGUCAUCCAUUCUUGGCCCACACAUUCUUACACCACUGUGGAUGUGUGGCAGCGACACGGGCCCAUAGUACAGCGCCAUCUGGAGGAGAGGCUCCUAGAACCAGACCACAGAUUAGGCAACAUCCCAUAUCGCAUGAGAGACAGCGUGGUCAGUUUAUUGGCACGUAAUGGAUGUGUCUGUGAGGGUGAGAGUGGCGGCGUAAACUUUCCAUUUGCUCAGCUCUUAUUCCCACGAGUGUCCGCUCAUCCACUGCAUACCGCCUUUGAGGCCUCUGAGUUGGAUGAAUUAAAGCAAAGACGGGCCAAGGAGUACCAGAGCUUCCAGAAGAGGUCUCACACAGCUGCUGAUGUUCUCAUGAUUGCAGAGGCCAACAACCCUCUCCAGUAUCCAACACAGGGCGUGGAGGUACGGCCACUGAAGACAAUCAUCAUUCCAGGUUUAGCUUUACAAGACCACCCCAGAGAGAAUUACUUGAUUAACAUCACUGCCACGCUGGGGACGCUCAACGUGGCAGCAGAGGUGGAGGCCGUAAAAAUCAAAGGUGAUGGUGACAUGCACAUGACUCUGUCCAGCCGCCUCCUGCCGAACCUGAACCGACAGCUGCAGUUUGUCACCUACACCAACACCCUGUUCCACCCAAACACAGCAGACACAGUGCAGUUAGAGACAGAUGGACAUCAAGCCACCUUCAGUAUCAAGAUCCGUCAUGGAGUCACGCCCAAAUUGUACAACACAGGAUCUAAAGGAGAUUACAACAUCACUGCCCUAGUUACCAUAGCCACCAAGACUUUCCUACGUUAUGAUAAACUUCAAGACCUUAUCGACAGUGUCAGGAGAUACUAUCCUACUGUAACCAUAGUGAUCGCCGAUGACAGUAAAAAUCCCAAAACCAUCUCUGGGCCUUACAUUGAACACUACAUAAUGCCUUUUGGGAAGGGCUGGUUUGCCGGGCGCAACCUGGCUGUCUCCCAGGUGACCACGAAGUAUGUUCUGUGGGUUGAUGACGACUUCAUUUUCACAGCGAACACCAAGCUGGAGAAGCUGGUGGAUGUUCUAGAAAGGACCACUCUGGAUCUGGUGGGAGGUGCAGUGCGAGAGGCAACAGGGUAUACUGCCACUUACAGGCAGACCAUAUCCAUCGAGCCGGGGGAGGAGGACGGUGACUGUUUACACAUGAGGAGAGGAUUUCAUCACAUCAUUCAGGGCUUCCCAAACUGCGUCGUCACUGACGGCGUCAUUAACUUUUUUCUGGCUCGCACUGAUAAAGUGCAGCAGGUCGGCUUUGACCCGCGUCUCACCAGAGUCGCUCACCUGGAAUUUUUCAUCGAUGGCCUUGGAUCUCUCCACGUAGGCUCUUGUGAUGACGUGAUCAUCAAUCAUGCAACUAAAAUCAAACUUCCCUGGGUCAGCCAGUCGGAGAGCGACAAGACUUAUGCUAAGUUCCGCUACCCAUCAGCCUCCUCUGAUGCUACGCACACAAAGAAUGGCCUCCUGUUCUUCAAGAACCGAUUUCAGUGUUUGACUCACAAUUAGUUCCUCUGCUCCUCCUGAGUUGCCAAAGAAGUUCUCCUCCACUGUUAGAUAAGCUUUAUGUUGGCAUUUCCUGGACAACCCUGGCUUUGGUUUCCAGGAUUCGCCUUUAAGAAAACUUCAUCAUGCC